GGCCACAGCUCCGCUCCAGAGGGAUGGACGGCAGCGAGGAGCCCGAUUCACCCGUGCCUACAGCCACCGCUGCGUCCCGCUGCACCACGGGGACGGUGCGCUGCCGAGAGCGGCCGGGAGGGAGGGGGCGAGCAGCGAGCGCCGGCUGCUGCGUCCCCAAGGCACGGGCAGCAUUUCUUGCACUAAAACCCAAACAAAACCCAAUGCGAGCGACUCUGCCAUUUUUCAUGCAACGGCUGCAGGCGGCGGCGAUGAGAGCUCAGAGCACCCUGGACCUGCAACGCUCCCUCGCCCUCUCUGCUUUCCUAUUUCGUGGAAUUAUUUUGCAAUAGGGCACUCGCGCACGGACGCACGCUGGAGCCGGGGAGGAGGAUGGGGUGGGAGGGUGGGCGCACGCCGUGGGGGAGGGGGUGGGAGCAGCUUUGCUUCUGGCGAGGUGGAGGAUUCGCUGGGUGUAGCGUUAGUGCUUCAGCAGCCACCGGCCCAGAGGGGAGGGGCUGCCCACGGCUCUGCUGGGUGCUGCUUCGCUUUAGGGCAUGGGGAGGGGGGCAGCUCCUUGCCCCCAGCCCUGCUCACUUCCCCCUGCCGAGCCACCCACCAUCUCCAAAGCAAGCAGGGGGAAAGGAGGGCUCUGGGGUGGCCACCCCAUCACUGUGCCUGGCCCAAGGCCUGGGCUGCAGAAACGUCAGGUUGUUCCCCCUCCCCACAUCCCCCCCACCCGACACGGUGUAUUUCUUCCUCUCAUCUUUGAAUCAAGCCAUCAAUACAGCAAUAAGGCUGGGGCAGCUCCAAGGCUCUGUGCUCUGCUCGCGGCACAGCAGGGCCAGGGCUGUGCCACGGCCACACCGCUGUGCUACCCAUGCCAAGCCCUGAGAGGCACAGAGGGCAGAGCAGCCCCCCACCAUCACACAGAACCAGGCACCACGUAUCUUCCCCUCCCUGCUGCCUCUAGGGGAAUCCUCCGCCCGCAGAGGAUUUCAGGGGUGAGCGCAGGGGAAUGGGAACAGGCAAACAGGGUGCAGGACAGGCAGCAGCACGUGGCAGGGCAGCACCCAGAGCACGGAGCAGGGGUACUGGUGACCCCAUUGCUGCUGUGCCCUGGAUGCCAGGAGGUGCAGAGCCCCUUCCCCCCCCCCCCCCCCCUCCUUUCCCCACUCACCAUUUCAUUUCUCUGCUUCCCCCUGGGUUGGGCUCGCCAGGCCAGCUCUUGCUCAGCUCAGUUAAAACGCGCUGCUCUUAAACUGAGUUUUGUUUGCCCCGUCUCCCUCGUGGCAGUAACAGUCCUGGCACAGCCUAUUCCUGCUCCAUCCAGCGGAGGACAGGGCCCCGCAUCCAGGGCACUUCUCAACGUUUCUCUAUACAAAAUACUUCUCCAGCAGCCGUCUGUCUGCUAUCUCACUUCUGGGCAGUUACUGUGCAAAGGAGGGAACUGUUUCUUUGGUUUUUUUUUUUCCCUUGCUGUGUGCUACUUCUUUGGCAACUGAAAGAAAUGGAAGGGGGUUAUUUAUUUCUUUUUAAUUUAUUGUCAUAUUUUUGUAAAACCUGCAGAAAUGCAAUAAAAGUAUAUUUCAACAA